AUGGCCGACACAGAGGAGCCGCGUUUCAACACGCUUGCUGAGCGCAUUGCAGCGCUUAAUCAACAAAAGAAUUUCCAGUCCAACCCGUCAAACCCUUCCGUCCCGUCCACUGCUGGCAAACGACCUCCCCCUCCACCUCCUCCGGGACGCUCCUUAACCGAGGGCUCUCUCGCAAAAAGCCCAUCGCUUCCACCGAGGCCGGUCCGGUCUUCUACGGACAAACUCCCCCCGCCACUUCCGCGCCGAACCACCGGACAGGAAGAUGGAGACCCGACAGCGGCUUCUUCGCCCGGAGAUCGUCCGGGACCGCCCCCGUUACCCACGCGGAACUCUGAGUCGACCACGCCAAAGCUACCCACACGUAGACCCUCAGCGCAGACUCUUUCCGUCAGGAGGAAUUCAAAUGCUUCCGACGUGUCCCAAUUGUCCACUAUAUCCAGUCUGUCGUUGAGCCAAACCAAAUCUGCAGCCUCUAACGGAACACCGGAAGGCCAAGUACCGAGACGACUUCCGCCAACCCUCGAACAGGCCAAGCUGCCCCCCUUGCCCCCGACCCGGCGCGAACUAGAAGCUAAGGCAAAAGAAGCCGCAGCGGCCAACGAGUCACCUUCUCUCCCUCCACGACGCAUUGCCGAUCCACCGCAGCCAUCUUCGCGACCUUCCUUGCCACCUCGGCUCCCGUCAAGGCCCGGGUCUAAUGCUGCUCAACCGGGGGUUCCUGAGGAGCCGUCCCCCGCUCUGCCUGCCCGGCGGCUACCCCCUCCCGCGAACAGCAACCGGGCUAGGUCAGCUUUGGAGUCUGGCUUCGGCGCUGGAAAGAGCAGAACGGUUGCGCCCCCGGAAGCACCACCACCCAUCCCGCUCAGUUCCCGGCCCACUAUCGCCCAAAUCGAUGCUGCCACAAGCCGGGGAGCCUCAGCAGCAGCCGCCCAGCAAAACCAGUCGUGCCUUGCAUGCCGUGAUUUCUCCGGCCCGGAUACGCUCGCAGCCCAGCACCCUACGGCUUCGCUCCCGCGCGGCGUUGACGUGAUAGCUCACCUGGCUCACGUUCUAUGCGCCUCGUUUUCCUCACCCACGGACAAAGCUCGUGCUAUCUUUACCUGGAUGCACCACAACGUUGUCUACGACGUACACGGCCUCUUUAACAACUGUAUUCCGCGUGGCCAGACCCCAACCGAGACCAUUUUCUCCGGCAAAGCCGUGUGCGAAGGGUAUGCACGUGUGUACGAGGCCAUCUCCACACGGGCCGGUCUCCAGUGCGUCGUAGUGACGGGCCACGGGAAAGGGUUCGGGUUCAACGCCGUGCGGAAAGGCCAGCGGCCACCACCGCCUGAUCCGACGGGCCACGCAUGGAACUCAGUACGCAUCGAUGCCGGGGAAUGGAAGUUGAUCGAUGCCUGCUGGGGCGCCGGCGCGCUAUGCGACGGUGCCUACUCACAACGCUUCGAACCGGAGUGCUUCACCAUGUCCAACGAGCGCUUCGGCACCCGCCAUUUCCCGGCCGACUCGCGGCACUGGUACCGCCAAGACGGCCGCGCCUUGUCCUGGGAAGAGUACAUUCUCAGCCCUGCCGGUGACGAGCCCGCGCAGUGGACGGGUGACGCCACGCGAGAGGGCCUCGACGAGGGUAAUUUUGCUCCCAUGCAGCUCCGUAUCAACGUCCAUGGGGGCGAUCCGGUGGUGCGUUUCCAGUUCGGUAAGGUCUGCGAACAUUGGACGAGCGAGAAGAAUGGGGAGGGCAAGCCGAUGCUCAUGGCGCUCAAGAUCGGCGGGCCGGAUGGGCGCAAGGAGGAUCUUGUGCCGCUAGAGACGGACGGCAAGUUCUGGCACUACCUGGAUGUGAACGCCCGCGACCUGGGUGCUCCUGGCCAACAUGUGGCGUUGAUCGCAUUUCAGACGGUGGACGGGCAGAGCGCGAGGGGCAUGACGAAGGAGGAAUGGCUGAGGAAGAAGGGCCGGUGUGGGUUUAGUUAUGCCUACCUUGUGCGGUGGGAGCUGGUUUGA